AAAAUUCAAAUAUAUCAUUCUAUUAUGAAUAAAAUACAUUGAGCAUCUCGUAAGAAUGGAAUUAAUUAAUGAAACUAAUUUUUUGAGCUCUAAGGAUAUGAGUACGGAAGAUUUAUUAAAACUUUUAUCAAACUGUGCUGAACUGAUCGAAUUACCAAAUAAUAAUACAUAUUUCAUUCAAGACAUUGGAAGUAUGCCAGGUCUUUUCAAACCAAAUUGGGUUGUCCUAUAUAAUGUAGCAUUUGAUGUAUUCUUAGUUGGUUGUAUACUGCUUGCUGGGAUUACUGGCAAUGUUUUGAGUGGGUUCGUUCUAGCACGUGACAGAUCUCAUGGAACAACUAGUUUAAUAUUAACCAGCUUAGCCGUAUUUGAUACUGCAUUUCUAAUAUUAUGCUUCUUUUUCCAAUUUCUGAAAACGUUAUCUUUCUAUAUUUUAUGGUUGUCAUACAUAAACUUUUAUGCGCAUACGAGCAAAAUAUUGUAUGGAUCUGGAAUGGCGGUAAGAAUGAUGAGAAAUUGGACUGUUGUUCUAGUAUCAUUAGAGCGUUGGGUAGCUGUAUGUAAACCACUUCAUGCACCUAGUAUAUGUACACGGAAAAAAGCGCAUAUUGCUAUAUCACUUAUUGUUAUAUUAUCAUCGCUUUACAAUAUUCCACAUUUUUUUAUUGUUGAUGCAAUGCCAUUAUUGUGUUACUUUAAUGAAGACAACAAGACAAAUAUUCUACAUUCUGGUUAUUAUAACUUUACGGAAUUACCCAAAGGUAUUCUCAUAUACCAUAGUGCUAUAAGGUCAUGGGUGAAUAAUAACUAUGCCUUCAGAUUAAUUUAUCGUCUAAUCAGUUAUACAAUUUUAAUUGUUAUUCUACCUAAUGUUAUCAUUGCCAUUUUUAAUGUGUUACUUAUUCGAGGAAUUAAGUAUGCGAAUCAGAGAAGAGCACAAAUUAUUGCUAGAAUAGAUUGCGCUAACAGACAGUUUGAACAAUGUAGUUAUCAUUCUCUUCACAGAGACUAUCAUCAGCAUUCUCAAAAACAACACCCAUCACAUCAUCAUACUAUCCCAAAAUGUUGUCAUGGAGCACCAAGUUCUUCAGAUAAUCAUGCUUAUUUUGUACGUGUUACAAAAUCUAAUCGUUCUCGUACAAUGGAAGUAAAUCGUUUAUGUGUUGGAGUAAUUAUAAUAUAUUUAGUGUGUGAAUUACCAGCUGUUGGAUACCAAAUUAUUUAUCUGAUUAAUCAUCGAAGUUUAAUCGAAAUUAUUCGUCCAGUUACAAAUGCUUUAGUAUGUUUAAAUAGUGGUGUAAACUUUUUUGUUUACGUUUUUCUUGGAAGACGGUUUCGUUCACAGUUGAAAGACUUAUUUAGAAAUUUAAUCAAUAAAUGUGGAAUACAUAAUAAUCAACGGAAAACCACUAAUCCAUCUACUCAUUAUAUGAAUUCAUGGCAUUCACGACAUGAUAUUGCAUCGAUGGAUAAAGAAAGUGAACAAUUAUUAAUGAAAGAAAAUAAAUCUACAGGACAAAUAAUGAAAUCAGAUUUGAAACCAGCUACUACACGUCUCAGUUUAAGCGCAGCUUAUACACAAACUUCCGUUAUGGAAACAUAA